GCCAUGGGGUCCGGUCCAGGCCUCUGGCCUCCAUUUACAGUGAAGCGGAGCAGGUACCCUAAUCACGCAAUAAUUUCUAUAAAAAAAAGGUGUAGAUUAGCGGCGCAACUCAGCAAUAAUAACAAAGAAGAAGAAGAAGAAAAAAAAAAAAAGCGCCAAAGGUCAUUUGCCUGUCACGGACAAUGACAAAUCCCCUAAUCAAUCGGUAGCUUCCUGCAAAGACACGAUUCAAUCCAAGAUUGCUACUCUCUCUUUAGGUAUUUGAUAUGGAGAAUAUGCAGUACGCGGAGGAGCUGGUAAGGGAAUUUCUAGUUUUUAGAGGGUUUACUAAUGCUCUGCAGGCUUUCGAGAUGGAAUUAUCCACGGAUAUUGGUAAAGGGUUUCAAGUAGAUAAGAUAUUAGACUUAAUCUUCUCCAUAUACAUUCCCAAAUUUCAAGCAGAGAAAUUGGUCGGUCUGCUUAGGUUCUUCAAGCAGUGUUUUUCUUCGGUAUCUGAGGCUGUACUUCUUUCUACUUUAUCGAAGCUGGAGGUUUCGAUUCUUCGUUAUUAUAUCGUUUGCGCGGUGCAAUCAGGAAGGAAAGAUAAAGUAGUGGAAUUUUUUGGAAUGAAUGGAAAUGAUUUGCUGCAAAGAGGUGGUGAUUGGACUCCUUGGUUUGCUAUUCCGUAUUUGAAGAACCCCAGCUUGGAUCCUCAGUUUCGCAUUUAUUUCUCUAAGGAGUGGUAUGAAGCAUUGCGCCUUUCUGUGAGGAAUUUCUUCAGUGAGAUCUUCAGUGGUACUCGCAUCCCUGCCCUGUUGAGGAUCAGUUCAGAGAAGAACACAAUCAAGCAUCUCAACAACGACAUCAAGCAACUUAACAUGAAGCUAUCGCAACUUCAGGCUUUAUUUGAGGAGAAAGAGGCUCAGUUGUGCAGGUUGAGGAGUAAUGGCAACAAUGCUGCAUCUAUAUUGGAUUCUAAUGUGGGACAAGGCAACAAUUCAACCCCAUCAAGUGCUAUGAGGACUGUGGAAACUUGUGUUUCUGCUAUCCCUAGUAUAAGUGAAACUGAGCAGGCUCAAGAAAGGGCCACUGGUGGACCUGCCAAUGGUUCAAGUUCUAUAGCAAGAAUUGACAUUGAAGAAGGCAAACCUAAUGAUGCCAUUCAAAUGAUCCAUAGUAGCCCUUGCAAUGACAAUGGCAGGGAAAUGCUGGAUGAAGAAGAAUUCCCUGAAGUGAAAGUAGAAUUCCAGGAGACAUUUUUGGGCCACACAAGUCCAAUAAGUCGAUGUCGAUUUUCUGCUUCUGGGAACAAUAUAGCUAGUGCUUCUGUUGAUGGAACUGUUAGGAUAUGGACAUAUGACUCAUCAACUCCAACAUCUAGAAAUGCAACUAUAUAUUGUGGGGCGGAGAUUAUGUCUCUUGAUUGGGACUGUAAAUCCGACCGCUUGCUUCUCAUAGGCACUGCUGAUGGUGGUAUCAAAGCAUGGAAUGUCGAUGCAAAGCGAGUUGUUUGUGAUCUCAAUACAAGUGAAGCAUUUCCCAGUGUCUUGGAUCUGAAGUGUAGUCCUGUAGAACCAGUUUUUGUUUCUGCAGCAGCAUCCAGAAAGCAGGGCUCAAACUAUCUUGACAGUUUGGGAUUUGCUUCCUUAACUGUAUGGAACAUGAAGACAUGGAGGGCUAUGACAGUUCUUCCUCUUGGUGAGGAUCCACCUGCAAUUACUUCCCUAUGCUUCAAUCACAAUGGGAAGAUUUUAGCAGCUGCUGCAACUGAUGGAAUGAUCCACAUGUUUGACAUGUCUGCUGGUCUACAAAUUACUGGGUGGCCUGCACAUGAUUCUGCGAUAAAUUCUAUUCUUUUUGGGCCAGAUGAGACUAGCAUUUUCAGCUUGGGUUCAGAUGGGAAGAUUUUUGAAUGGAGCUUGCAAAACCAAGGUCAUGUUCUUUGGUCAAGGAAUUGUAGCAGGUUUUGUGACCCUGAGACCUCAAAAUAUUAUAGACAUGAAAUGGGUUUGGAUGCAAAUGGAAGGAGACUAUUGGUAACAUCUGGUGCAGUACGAGCACCCAUAUAUCAGGUCCGGGGAUAUAUGGAUGGUUGGAGAACUCUUCCACACAGUGCAGCUAUAACAACGGUGGAUUGGCACCCAACUUUACCCAUUUUCUUGACUGGUUCAGCUGAUAACUCGGUUCGAGUAACAUUAUUAUCAUGAGACGAUGUCCUACUUUAUUGUUUUCAUUAUUAAAAUUUUCGUUAGUCCUCAGAGAGCCUUAUUGUUGUUGGAAAAUGUUUUGAAUGUCAAAAUGGAUUUUGGAACGAGGUUUUCUUUUCCCCCCUUGAAAGGGGAGUGGGUUAGUUUAGUGGAGUUCGGAUGUUGUAAUUUAUUCGAUUGUUUGUAUUCGAAUUAUGAUGUUAUUGAUAUUCUUUGUCGUA